AUGCAAGUAACAAAUGUUAAUGAUGUUCGUGUUUAUAAUUUAACAUGUGGUCAAAAAGCAGUGCCAGAAUGGCUUACCGAUGAUAAAAGAAAAAAAUUGAAGAAAGAAGCUGAUGUAAAACAACGUAUUGAACUUAUACAAGGUUUUGAAAUGCCAAUGUUAAGUAGUUGUAUAUCAAUGACACGUGAUGGUCAAUAUAUAUUUGUUACUGGUUCUUAUAAACCACGUGUUCGUUGUUAUGAUGUGAAUGAAUUAUCAUUAAAAUUUGAACGAUGUUUUGAUAAUGAAUGUAUACAAAUGAAAAUACUUUCAGAAGAUUAUUCAAAAAUUGCAUUUAUGCAUGCUAAUCGUUAUAUUGAAUUUCAUUCACAAGUUGGAAAUUAUUAUACAAUUCGUACACCAAAACAAGGACGAGCUUUUGAUUAUCGAUAUUCAUCAUGUGAUCUUUAUUGUGUUGGAGCAACAAAUGAAAUUUAUCGAUUUAAUCUUGAACAAGGUCAAUAUCUUGAACCUAUACAAAGCAAAUUAACUGGUUUUAAUGCAUGUGAAUUUAAUUCUGAACAUGAAUUAUUUGCUUGUGGUUCUGUUGAAGGUCAUUUAGAAUGUUAUGAUCCUCGUAUACGUUCUCUUGUUGGACAAAUUGAUUGUGCUGUCUAUGCAAAUAGUAAUAGUGGUAGCAGUUUACCAGCUAUAUCAUGUAUUAAAUUUAAAGAUGCACUUAAUGUAUCUGUUGGUAUGAGUACUGGUCAGAUUUUAUUAUUCGAUAUUCGUUCAAAUAAACCAUAUUUUAUAAAAGAUCAUAAUUAUAAUUUACCUAUAAAACGUAUUGAUUUUCAUACACAAAAUAAUGAUUAUAUUUUAUCAAUUGAUAAGAAAAUAUGUAAAAUAUGGAAUCAACAUACGGGUAAAAAUUUAACAUCAAUCGAACCAGGUACACCACUCAAUGAUAUGCUCAAUAUACCUGGUAGUGGUUUAAUAUGUUUAACUAAUGAUUCACCGAAAAUAUUUGUUUAUUAUAUUCCAACAUUAGGUAAUGCACCAAAAUGGUGUACAUUUCUUGAUAAUAUUACUGAAGAACUUGAAGAAAAACCAGCUGAUACAGUUUAUGAUGAUUAUAAAUUUUUAACAUUAAAAGAACUUGAUACACUUGGUUUAUCUCAUUUAAUUGGUUCUGAUCUUCUUCGAGCAUAUAUGCAUGGUUAUUUUAUGGAUAUUCGACUAUAUAAUCAAGCUAAAACUGUUGCCGAACCAUUUGCAUUUGCUGAAUAUCGAAAGAAAAAAUUACGUGAAAAAAUUGAUCUUAAACGAGAAAAAACUCGUAUACCAAUGCCAAUUGUACCAAUAGUUAAUAAAGAUCUUGCUGAAAAACUCUUACAUGAUAAAAAUGAUGUAACUAUGAAGAAAACAAAAAAACAAAAAACUACUGAAAAUAAAGAAACACCAUCUAUUCUUAAAGAUACUCGAUUUCAAUCAUUAUUUACAAAUCCAGAUAUGCAAAUUGAUAUUAAUCAUGAAAAUUUUAAAAAUAUUGCUCCACUUGUUUCUCGACUUAAUAAACAAAAUGUCGUUGAAGAUGAAUCAAUAUCGAUUGAAAAUGAUGAAGAAGAAAGAGAAGAUGAUGAUGAUUUGAUUGAUGAUAUUCUAACCUCUGAAGAAGAAGAAGAAGAAGAAGAAGAAAAAGAAAAACCUAAUCGUAAAACAAAAUUAGUACCAAUUGAUACAAUAAAUGAUACUGAUCAAGAAACAAUUCGUUCAUUAUCAUUUAAUGAACGAACAAAAAGAACUAUUGAUUCAGCUUCUUCUCAUUUACAACAUCGAAAUCAAGUACCAUCAUCAAAUAAAAAUAAUCGAAAAGAAACAAAUGAUGAUUAUCGAAAAAAUGUUCGACGUGCACCACGUAGUCGAAUGAAUGGUCGACAUAAAGAAACAUAA